GCAGAAGCUGAUAUUGAAAUUAAGAGCCAUUUCCAAGUACACCCGACGGUGAUGCUUGCCAAUGAUGAAGUAUUGAACGCAAUUCAAACGCUCACCAGAAAAAUUGAAACGAUCGAAGCUGGUAGAACCUCUCGAUCGAACCAAUCAAACUACAAUAAUCGAUGGAAUAACCAAACUGUUGAUAAUGGACCGGUGUGUUAUGGUUGUGGAGAAGCUGGUCACAUACGUCCAAAUUGUCCAAAUGCCAAUAGAAACCAAACUGGCGGAAAUAAUCGACGAGAGUUUUCUCAAAAUGGAAAUAAUAAUCGACAUAGUCAAAACAACAACCAUCCAAAUUGGAGAAACCAAUCACAAGAUGCCAGGCAAGAUAAUCUAACUAGUAAUAGUCAACCGACGAAUAAUCAGUUACUACAAUUGCAAGUGCUUACAGAUAUUAUUCAAGCCAAUACGAACGGAAAUGAUGGUCGUACAUAUCUUGGAACACAUGAGUAUUAUCCGGCUGAACGAUCUAAACCAAAGGAACGGUUCAACCCAACGGCCAAACAACAUAAUACGCGAAAAGUAUCCAAUGACGAGGCUAAUCCAACUGCUUCAGAGCAAGAGACCGAAUCGGAAAGUGAGGAAAACAUCGACAGUGAAAUAGAAGUUGAAAAACAGAAUUUAGAGAAAAAGAAUUUUUUAAUGUACACCACGACCGAAAAUGAUUGGCAAAUCACUCGAUCACGAACUUGGAGAACUGAGUUUCCUAUUUCAACCAGGUAUCUCAGCGGAUAA